GGGGGUUAAAAGCGUCAAAACUGUCUCACGUAAAACCCCAAGGCCUCGAACUCCAUUUGCUCGUAGAGUCCCCUUCUCUCUCUCUCUCUCUCUCCACCUCGAAUCCUAAACCUCUGCUAUCUCCUAAUAGUGUAAAACGCUUCUCUCUCUCUCUCAACCUAAGUUCUCUCAUUCUCGCACCAAAUUACUGGUGACUGUUUUGGUCCCCUCCAUCUUGGUUAGUGAGGCCCUGAGUGAGAGAAAGAGAAUAAAUUCUAGAGUGAGAGAGAGAGACAGAUUUUAGAGAGAGAAAAAGAGAUGAACAAGGACAAGAUAUUCAAGUUGGCCAAGGGUUUCCGAGGACGGGCCAAGAAUUGCAUUCGAAUUGCGAGGGAACGUGUUGAGAAGGCACUGCAAUAUUCUUACAGAGACCGACGAAACAAGAAGAGGGAUAUGAGGUCUCUCUGGAUUGAAAGAAUCAAUGCAGGAACUCGCUUACAUGGUGUGAACUAUGGUAAUUUUAUGCAUGGUCUCUUGAAGGAGAACAUCCAGCUGAACAGGAAGGUGCUCUCAGAGCUCUCUAUGCAUGAGCCCUACAGCUUCAAGGCCCUUGUUGACAUUUCUCGUGCUGCAUUCCCUGGAAAUAACCCUCAGAAAAAGGAAAUCACCCCCCCAAAGAAGGGCAUCGCUGCAUAAGCAUACGAGUCUUGGUCUUCUUGCACUAUCUUUGUACAAGUGUUGAGCCAAGGACUCAGGAUUUAGUCUUGGAGUAUUGGGCCAGGUUUGUUUAUUGUGCUAGAAUUAGAUUUGAAAUGGAGCUUAUGCUCACACUUAUUAUGUGAGUUCUUUUAUUAGUGGACAUUGAUUACCAAUAUUUUUUUUUUUUAAUAAUAUGUUUUGGUCCUUGCUGCUGUUGUUAUUAUCUUUGGACUUUUCUUGCUAGGAGAAUAAAUGAGAUGACUUUUUUUUAA